CCAUAAAGGUAAUAUUUCACUCUAAUCAGUGAUCACGUUACAACCGUUCUAACCACUUUCUUCCAGCAGUAGUGAAAAUAUUUCCUUAUCUAAUAUUUUUAGAUUUCCACCAAUCGAAAUGGCAAACGAAGAAGAACCGCAACAAAAACUUUUCAUUACUGAUUCUUCGAAAAUUUACGAAGAUAUGUCACCUUAUUACUUGAAGGAAACUUUUUCCGACAUUCAACUAAUCUUAUCCGAUAAAACACUCCAUGCGCACAAGAUUGUUCUCGCUGCUCGUUGCAAAUAUUUUGAGUCUCUUUUACUGCAAGACCCAAAACAAACCCAAAUUGAAUUAAUCAAUGUGCCUUCAAAAGCUUUUGAAACAAUACUGUACUACAUUUAUACAGAAAUCAACUUGUUGAAAAGAGAUGCGUUUCCUGUUCAAGAAAUCGAUGUCUUUAAGAUAGCGUCCGACUGGUGCAAGAUUAAUGAAGACUUGGACAACUUGGUUAUUGAAUGUGUUCGGUUUCCUUGCUUAACUCGAAACGAAAUAUUAAAUGUUGUUUGGCCGUCUAAAGUGGUAAAUAACGAAAAACUGCUAAAGGUUCUUACAACGAUUGAAAAUAACGGUACAAAAGAAACACAACGAUACGUUUCUGAACAGUUUGAAGGUAAAAAUCUUACUACAGCAAAAUAUAAUGUUAAAGUAAUUUCUGGAUUAAAUACCACAAUGUUGUUUGAAGCAACUAAAAACGACAAAGAUGGUGCUUAUCAUAAUGAGGACGAUAAAAACGGUAUUACUGUAGAUCUUGCUGGGGUAAAAUGCUUCAAUCACAUAACGAUGAAUAUAAGAAAUUGGUGGAUCGGUUACAGCAUUGAAAUUUCCACAGAUCUACAAAAGUGGCAUAACGUCAUAGAUUACAGUAGAUACAAGUGCGAAUAUAAUCAAAAUUUAUAUUUUGAACAACAGAAGGCUAGAUACAUCCGAAUAGUUUUAGAGUCUUCUUUAGCCAGAAUUGGUAAAUUUCAAGUUUACAUGAGCAGGAAUGUUCCUACGAUACAUAACCAAAUUGUUUGCCCCUCUUCAAACGUGAUAACUUCCGAAACGGAUAUAGAUUUCUGGGAGACGUCUCCUGGUUCAUUCACUACGCGUCUGUUUUUAAAUCAACCAUACAUGAUUUCACGGAUAAAGGUUAGGCUGCAAUUUUACAAAUCUAUAUCAAGUAUAGGGAUAUCCAGCGACGGGGACUUGGAAGAAGUUGAACUUCCAAAACACCAAAACUUACUGCUCCGUUUUAACAAAAGAAUAGUAAUUUUUAUUAGAAUUAUUGGUAAACUUUCUCCUAAUAAGACUGCAAACGACUACAAACAGUUUUUGGAGGAUAUUGAAUGUUUGUAAUUAAGAACUUCCAAAUUCAAAACUUUAGGUUAAGUUAAGUUAUAAUAACAAUUAAAUAUGUAAAUUUCUGUAUUAAAUUUGUUUAUCAUUCUAA